AUCUAUCAAUACAUUAUGUAAAAAAGAAUAUUAUAUGAAGUUACAGAAAUAGAUAUAUUUAGAACAAAUUAUUCUAAUGGAUUCCAUUGACAGCAACAUAAAGGAUAUAUUUAGAAUUUAGAAUAUGUACCAAGAAUGCCGCGUGCAUUAGAUUACGGCGUGAAUCUAAGCUUCAAUCUGCAGUAACGUUUAAAAUUUGGUAUCGUCUGCUGCAAGUAUUAGAAAUUGUAUAAAUUAAUGUCAAUUUAAUACCACUUUUUAAACUAUUGAAACAAAUAGUUGUAAAAAUUAUCCGCAAUAAAUAUUAAUGCUACGUCUGUGCAUGUUUUUUAUUCGAUCACAGACGUGUUAUAAUAAAUAAUUAUCUAUUUUCCAUUAAAACUCGCAUUUACUAUAAAACUGGCUUGAUUCAAGGUGUUUUUCACCUUAUAUUAUGGAUGACGAGCUUGAAGACAGGAUUUUAUAUCAGUAUCAUAAUUGGGAAACAGACGUAUGUGUCACACAUGAAGCUGGUGUCAAAAUUUGCGGUGGGUAUUCCCACUGGAUUAAAUGCUGGGAUAAAUACCCCAUUGGGUUAUUUUUGGAGAAUCAUGAGAGCCUACGCAUUGAAGCCAGAAGUAUUAAUUUGUGGAGCAGUUUUGGCAAUAAUUCUGUUUUACAUACAAGCAGUUGAUGUAUGGAGCCGAUCGCUAUUAGGAAAAAUUCAAUAUACACUUGGCCGUACCACAUCAAAGGUAUCAAAACUACAAUUCUUAGUUAACGAUUCUGUUAACAAUGGGGUAAAACUCAGUUGGGAAUUAAAACAAGGACACAUUGCUGCAUAUGCUGUUCAAGGUCAUAGACCUCGAAUGGAAGAUCGUUUUGUUGUAAAUGAAGAUAUGAAUAAUACAGGUGUAUCACUAUUUGCUGUAUUUGAUGGACAUGGUGGAGAAUUUGCAGCAAAUUACGCAUAUGACAAUCUUAUCCCAAACAUUAAUAAAAAGGUGAUCGAAUUGAAAGAUCUGAUAGCUGGUAGAACAUCACGAACUCAAUUAACAGAAAAUGUGGAUAAAUUUGAGGAGCAGUCGAAAGAAGAGAAAAACGAUGCAAAUCUUGAACGCAAAAAAUCAUUUCGGAAAACGGUCAGCACAUCCUUAACAGAUGAUUGUAUGAAGAAAAAUGUUGGUGUAACUGAUCCAGAGUUACUUGACAAAUUGGAUAGCUUGCAGAGGCCAAUUACUAGAGAGGUAAGGCCAUGUAGGACAACUGAAAAGCCACAGAAAAUAGAUAUUACCAAUUAUCUUGAUGGAAAUAAAAUAAAUUAUGGCAGAUUAUUAACUGAUGAAGUCCUAGCGGUUGAUCGAUUAUUAGUUGAGGCAGCUAAGAAAAACAUGGAUGUAGCCGGUACAACCGCCUUGAUUGCUCUUUUAGAAGAUAACAAAUUAAUUGUAGCAAAUGUUGGAGAUUCAAGAGGUGUAAUGUGUGAUGGAAAAGGCAAUGCGAUACCUUUGUCCUUUGACCAUAAACCACAACAAGAAAGAGAAAAAAAAAGAAUAAAUAAAGCAGGUGGUUUAGUAACAUUCAAUGGUGUGUGGAGAGUAGCUGGUAUAUUAGCUACUUCUCGAGCUUUAGGAGAUUACCCACUGAAGGAUAAAAAAUUAGUAAUUGCUGAUCCUGAUAUUUUAACUUUCGAUCUUAGUGAUCAUAAUCCAAUGUUCAUUGUUUUGGCAUCGGAUGGUUUAUGGGAUACUUUUACAAAUGAAGAGGCUGUGGCGUUCAUUAAAGAACGUAUAAAUGAACCUCAUUUUGGAGCAAAAAGUAUUACACUGCAAAGCUACUACAGAGGUUCCGUAGACAAUAUUACUGUGGUUGUUAUCAAUUUAAAAGAUCGUAAAUUCGUUAUUUCAGAGGCCAAGAAAAAUCAAUAAUGUUUUAAUUAUAUAAUGAAACUAGGAUUUUCCAAAGAUAUUCUAGUCAUUAAGUAUAUUAAAAAUGUGAUUAAAAUGUUACUUGUUACAUUCAUUACGUCUAUUAUAAUAUUCAAUAUUUUAUGCAAUCAUUGAAUCAGUAUACAAUAUUGAUAUUAUAUGUUUCUCGCAAUAUCAAUUUUUCUACUUCACUAACAGUAGAUAUAUGAGUACAAUGUUUAUGUAUACUUUGUGUACAUUACACAUUAAUGUUGAAAUAAUGAAUCAAAUGUAUGUAGCCUAUGCAAAAUUAAAUUAGGAUAUAAUUCUUAAAUAAUAUGAGUUUCUUAUACAAAUGUGAAUACGUGAUAUUUAUUUUUGUAUAAACUGGAAUGUGUGUACUCUGCAAAGGUACACUGACUCAUGUCAAAUGAAUGCCUAACAGUAACGUUUAAACUUUAAAAUAAAAUUCACAUGUAAUAGUUUAUACUUGUGUACAUUGAAGAUAGCAUGUAUGAAUAAAUAUGAUGCAAGAUUGGGUA